ACCUACCACAAGCUAAGAUCCUUUGACUUUAUCAUUCUGGUGUUAUUUUAACAAAUGCUUGCGUGUAGUGACUUCUCAAUCACAAACUUGCAUUCCCUAUCAAUAUAGUUUCUGUCACAUCAUGAUUUGAGAAGUAUCUCACUAGGUUUUACAAAAAUUCAUGGACACCAAUGAGUUGCUUGACUCGAUAUUUUUUUUUCCAUGUCCUGACUAUUUUAUUGAUAGAGAGGAAAAAGACUGUAAUUGAAAGAGAUUUCCUGCUAACAGCCUUUCUUUCUUUUUCCCAUUGAGGGGAAACAUACUUCAACUUGUUAUUGGGAAAAAGUGGCAAGUGGAUUGAUUGUGUAUAUUCCUCUAUUGUAUCUUCUCUUUUUAACACAAUAUUUUCUGAAAGAUGUUCAGGAAAGAAGAUUGGAGCUUCCUCCACUUUCUAAUUCUAUAUUUGAUCUUCUUCAAUGUGCCCAGAACUUGUGCUGUCAAUUUCACAACUAAUUGCAGUGAAGACCGAUAUGAUCAAAGCAGCGGCUUCGGUGAAAGCCUAACCAGCCUCUUCUCCUCUCUUAGGUCACUCUCUUCCACCUCCAACUGCGCGAAUACCACCGCUGGGGCCAAUAGCAACACUGUCUAUGGGUUAUACAUGUGCCAGGGUGAUCUUUCCCAUUCUGACUGCCACAGUUGCAUCACUUCUGCAAUCGGUGUCAUCAACCAAAAUUGCUCCAACUCACGCACAGGCAUCCUCUGGUAUGAAUUCUGUCAGCUCCGAUACUCUGACCAUAACUUCUUUGGUAUCCCUGUUACUGAGGGGCACUUCACGAUUAAUCCCAAAGAGGAAACCAGCUCAAAUAAGCCAUAUGAGGUGCUGUCUAGUUUGGUGCAAGUGGCUCCCUUGAGUAAGCCACUCAUGUUUGCAAGGAAUGUGUCAAACAUGUAUCCUUUGUUUGCUCAGGCACAGUGCACUUCAGAUCUUAGCACGGAAAAUUGUAGCAUGUGCUUGAGAACCAUCUUGGAAGCCAUCAAGAGUUGUUGUAUUCAAAGGAAAGGGUGGAGAUAUUUUACUCCGACUUGUUUGGUUAGAUAUGAACCAACACCCUUCUUUGGCAACUAUCCGAAUGCCAAUUUUACCUAUAUCAUCCGAAGUCGAUGUUUGCCGCAUAAUUUCCUCUCGAGUGAUAUCAGCAGCAGGGAGGCCAGCCUUAGAAGUCUUCUUUCUGAUUUGCAUUCCAGGGCACCUACAACUGGCUUUUACAGCACCUCUUCAGGAGAAAACUCUAACCAGCUAUUUGGACUGGCUCUCUGCAGGGGAGAUCUUGCCACACCCAGCGGGGAGUGCACUAACUGCCUUGAUACAGCAGGUGCUGCAAUAGUGGACGAGUGCCCCAAUAAGACUGAAGGAUUCAUGUGGUAUAGUCAAUGCUUCCUAAAGUACUCGGACCAGAACUUCUUUGGCAUGCUGGAUAACAAUGGCAGCAUAUACUGUGAUAACGGGCAGGGGUCCUCAGAGAUUGAUGCAACGACAAAUGCAAAGGCUCGUAGUCUCGUUCCAUUUGUAGUAACUAAUUCGUUGAUGUUUGCUGCUGAUAAGGUUGCAAUCAACAACACAUUGUCAAGUUAUCUCCUACUUCAGUGCACUAGAGAUCUUUCUAUUGAUAACUGUCAGUUAUGCUUGGAGACAGGGAUCUCUACAGUGACUACUGCAUGCAAGCUAACCAGAGGGUGGCAGUACCUGUCUGGUAGCUGCAAUGUAAGAUUCGAGACCUUUCCUUUCUAUAAUGAGACUGCUGCAUCGAGAGUACUUGAGCUGCAGCCUGAAGGAACAACAAGAUCGAGAUCACGAAAGGUCAAAAUCAUUGCAAUAAUUCUUCCACUCGUGGGAGCAGUACUUCUGGGUCUGUUUCUAUGGUGUGCACAACAGCUCAAGAGAAGAAUAGGUAAAAGGAAACAUAAACUCGAUGACCACAAGAGCCAAAAAAGUAGAAGCUUGAUCUUCAUAGAUUUGGCUAGCAUAAAAGUUGCUACUAAUAAUUUCUCUGAUGAAAACAAGCUUGGAGAAGGUGGAUUUGGACCUGUUUAUAAGGGAGUCUUCCCUGAUGGAAGAGAAAUAGCAGUUAAAAGGUUAUCACAAGAAUCCCAACAAGGUUCUACUGAAUUCAAGAAUGAGGUGGAGUUAAUUGCAAAGCUUCAGCACAAAAAUCUUGUUAAGAUGUUAGGAUGCUGUGUAGAAAGGGAAGAGAAGCUACUAAUCUACGAGUACCUAUCCAAUGGAAGUCUUGAUAGUAUUCUCUUUGCGGAUCCCGACAAGCGUAUUCAGUUGGACUGGGAGAGAAGAUUUCACAUAAUUUCAGGUAUUGCCAAGGGCCUUCUCUAUCUUCAUGAAGAUUCACUUCUCAAGGUCAUUCACAGGGACCUUAAGUCCAGCAAUGUUUUGUUGGACGGCCAAAUGAACCCGAAGAUAUCAGACUUUGGAAUGGCAAAGAUUUAUCAGCCAGAGGAUAAUGAAGUGGCCACCAGAAGAAUUGUUGGAACUUAUGGGUACAUGGCCCCAGAAUACGCCAUCCAUGGAGUUUUCUCGGUCAAAUCUGACGUAUACAGCUACGGGGUUCUACUCUUGGAAAUUGUAUGUGGGUUAAAGAAUGGCAGAGCACAUUUUGCUGAACACGGCAAGAACCUUCCGCGGCGAGUAUGGGAGCUCUGGAACGAAGACAAAGCAGCUUCAAUAAUCGAUCCAGUGCUCAAGAUCAGUUGCUCAACUGAUGAAGCACUGAAAUGUAUCCACAUAGCCUUGCUAUGUGUGCACGAGAAGGCCGAGGAGAGACCUACCAUGUCCGAAGUUGUUCUUAUGUUACGAACUGAAGGCAUGGUGCUUCCUAAACCUAGCCAACCUCCAGACUUUGCAAGGCGGAGUUCUGGGUCAGAUGGUUUGCUGUUUGCAUCAGUAACACCUCCAUCAUCACUCAAGUCUAUCAAUGAAGUGACUGACACUGUGGCUAUUCCCAGGUAGCAUAUUGUUGAAACAAAUUAUAUUGUGUUACUUUGACUGUUUGACAUACCAGAAUCACAUUGUGUCCUUCCAAGAAAUUGAUGACAAUUUGUGCUGCGAUGAUGGAUUGUGCUGUAGUAUCAUCGAUAUGACUGAAUGCCAAUGCAAAACAAAACCCAUUGCAGGGAUUCAA